CUGUGAAAUAUUUCGAGUAAAUAUGAAUCGGGCAAAUAUCAGAUAAAGUGCUUGGCGUGCUAUAAAAGGUGAAUACAACGCCGAAAGGAGGCACAGUUUCGCACUGAUUUCAUCAUGCAUCGAUUGGUGGUCAUAUUCAGUUGCUGCCUGCUUUUGGUCGCAGGACAUUUGGUGGAGGAGUACGGGGAGUCCCAGGAGCUCCCCGAUAGCACCACCUUUUACCCUGUCCAUGGCUUUCCAGAUGAAGGUCAAGAGCUACCCGGCAUAGUCGCGGAGACCGAUGAGGAGAUUGAAAAGGAUGCCCACAAGAUCAACUGGCUGCCCGUGUGGGAGGAACAGGAGCAUAUACGCUUUGCGCGGCAAGUGACCGAGAAGCCAGUUGGCACCACAGCCACUCCCGAGCAGUCCACACUCAAGGAUAUCCUGCUACCCAAGGAGAACAAGGAGUGCCCCACCACUGCCGAGCGUGGACUAACGAAUCUCGUUCGCGUGGCUCGUCCACUUUUGCCCGCUUCCCAACUGAAAAACAUCUUGGCCAAUGCCGUUGAGGACCCCCAGGUUCGGGAGCUGAUCAAGCUGCUCCGCAGCGAUGGCUUCAGGACGCAAGUCCAACUGCUGAAGGCCAGCAAGCAGCACCAGCUGCUCCACGACUAUGUCUGCCGGCGGCUUAAACUGGAUCCCACCUACUACGCGGAGUUCGUGCGAGUGUUCCUCGACCUUCACAUUUCCGAUCCACCGACCAGCAAGUUGCCCAACCGCCGUCCCGGAGUCCGCGGACUCCUCCAGGAUCUCCGUGACGCCCUGCCCCGCGCCACCCUUCGGGAUUUGUACCUGCGGCUCUACUCCUCCGACUCGGAGCUCUCGAACGCCGUCCGCCUCAUCCGCGGCUCCGAGUUCCGGCGCUUGCUGCGCGAUCUGCGACAACUGAAGGAGUACCGCUCCCUGGCCGCCGAUCUGGAGAAGACUGGUGUGCCGCUGCGCCAGCUGCAGCAGCUGGUGGCUAGCGCCCUCGGCUGGAGCACCCUGGACAUGGGCGGGGAGACUGUCAUCUGGAGUCUUUAGGUGACGAAGGUCUCUACGUUUUUUUUCUUUUUCAUUUGCACCG